UAUUCGCAAUUGUCAAAAUGGCGCUGUUUGUCGUGGGAUGCUGGAGCUAACCACCUCUUUUUGCACCGAUUACCCUCAAAAAACACCCGGAAAAAGUGCUCAUCUAGGCCGGGAGACGCGAUGGCCACCUUGGACCAGAAAUCACCUAACGUGCUGCUCCAGAGCCUGUGCUGCAGAGUGACCGGGAAGAGCGAAGCUGAAGUGGCUCACCAGUUCCAAUAUGCCGUGCGGGUGAUCGGGAGUAAUUACGCACCUACCAUUGAACGAGACGAGAUCCUGGUCUCCGACAAGAUUAAAAAAGAACUGUUGAAGCAGAGAAGAGCAGAAGAUGCAGCCCUUUUCUCAGAGCUGCAUAAAAGACUACAAGGGCAGGGCGUGUUGAAGCAUCGCUGGUCUGUGCUUUACCUGCUCCUAAGUCUGUCUGAAGACCCCAGGAAGCCCUCGUCCUCCAGAGUGGGCCCAUACAGCUCUUUGUUUGCUCAGCCUCUUCCUCGUGACGCCCACUCCACGCCCUUUUACUGUACCCGCCCUCAGAGUCUCUCACUGACCUACGGAGACAGGACCUCCUCUGGUCUCACCUCUGGACUGGGACCUGGUCUAGGGGCGGGACUCGGAUCAAGUCUUGGUACCAGUGGGAUCUCAAGUCUCGGGGUGUACUCUAUAAAUGGACCCACCCCUACACCUCAAUCUCUACUGGCUGGUCAGCCUCCUCAGUCGGCUCCUGCUCCUGUCCCUCCUCUGGGAUCACGAUUGGCCUGGGCUCUUCCUGUAAACCCCGCCCCUUCUGCUGGCCUGGCCCCACCCUCUUCAGCCACAGCUCCGCUCACUUGUGCACUAGCUCCACCCACAGCUCGCACAGCGCCAUCGCCCAAACUGACGCUAGCAAGACGAGACGGAGAUGUGACAGGAGAGGUCACGGAGGCUGUGCUCGUUCGGGACAUUCUCUACGUGUUCCAGGGAAUCGAUGGAAAGUUCAUCAAGAUGAGCGGGCAAGAGGACGGAUACAAGCUUGACCCCAAGGUGUCUCUGUCAAAAUCUCUGCGUGACCUUAGUAGCAGACUCUCAGAGCUCGGGUGGCUUCACAAUAAAGUGAGAAAGUACACGGACUCACGCAGUCUGGACCGAGCCUUUGGACUUGUGGGACAGAGUUUCUGUGCAUCUCUGCAUGAGGAGCUGAAGGAGUACUACAGGCUGCUGUCGGUACUGCACUCACAGUUGCAGGUGGAGGAUGAGCAGGCUGUCCCUGUACUCUCCUCUGAUGGAUCGCUGACCCUGAGGAGGCUGCUUGUUUGGAUGUACGAGCCCAGAUUCAGACUCAAGACUCUGGCUGCGCUCGUCGACUUCUGCCAAGGCCAUAAAGGGGGAGAGCUGGCGUCCGCGGUUCACGCCUAUGGUAAAACAGGCGACCCUCAGAUGAGAGCUCUGAUCCAGCACAUCCUCAGUCUGGUGUCACACCCUAUACUGCACUGUCUGUGCAGGUGGAUCUAUGAUGGAGAGCUGGAGGACACUUAUCAUGAGUUUUUUGUGGCAUCCGACCCAAAUGUGAAAACCGACCGACUUUGGCACGAUAAAUAUUCUCUGAGGAAGUCCAUGAUCCCCUCCUUCAUCACCAUGGACCAGGCGCACAAGGUCCUUCUCAUCGGUAAAUCCAUAAACUUCCUGCACCAGGUUUGUCAUGACAGAACUCCUCCUGGAAAGAUCACUCCAGUUUCCAAAACGGCAGAAAACCCAAAGGACGCUGCAGAGUUGCUGUCUGACUUGGAGGGGGCGUUCCAGGAGAAGAUAGACACAGCGUACUUCGACACCUCCAAAUAUCUAUUGGACGUUCUCAACAGGAACUACCUCCUCCUUGAACAUCUGCAGGCCAUGAGACGAUACCUGCUGCUGGGGCAAGGGGACUUCAUCAGGCACCUUAUGGACCUACUCAAACCAGAGUUGGCUCGUCCUGCUACUACUCUGUACCAGCACAAUCUGACGGGGAUCCUGGAGACAGCAGUAAGAGCCACCAACGCUCAGUUCGACCAUGCAGAGAUUCUCAAGAGACUGGAUGUUCGGCUGCUCGAGGUUUCUCCUGGUGACACUGGCUGGGAUGUGUUCAGUCUGGACUACCACGUGGAUGGACCUAUAGCUACAGUUUUCACGAGGGAGUGUAUGGGACACUACCUUCGAGUGUUUAACUUCCUGUGGAGAGCCAAACGGAUGGAGUACACUUUAACAGACAUUUGGAAAGGCCACAUGUGCAACGCCAAACUGCUCAAGACCAUGCCCGAAUUAUCUGGCGUUUUGCAUCAGUGUCAUAUUUUGGCUUCUGAGAUGAUUCAUUUCAUUCAUCAGAUGCAGUACUAUAUCACCUUUGAGGUGCUGGAGUGUUCUUGGGAUGAGCUGUGGAACAAAGUACAGCGAGCUCAGGAUUUGGACCACAUCAUCUCUGCUCAUGAGGCUUUUCUCGACGCAGUCAUCAGCCGGUGUUUACUCGACAACAACAGCAGGGCUUUGUUGCAUCAGCUCAGAUCCAUCUUUGACCAAAUCAUUGAGUUCCAGAAUGCCCAAGAUACGCUGUAUCGUUCUGCUCUGGAAGAGCUGAGUCUGAGGCUACAGUAUGAGGAGAGGAAGAAGAAAAGAGAGGAGGAGGGUGAGUGGGGGGUGACGGUUGAGCAGGAGGCAGAGGAGCACAGGAGGAUCCAGGACUUCCAGAAGACCAUUCCAAAGAUGUGCUCCCAGCUCAGGAUCCUCACUCACUUCUAUCAGAGCAUCGUUCAGCAAUUCCUGGUUUUGCUCAUGACGAGUACAGAUGAAAGCCUCCGAUUCCUCAGCUUCAGACUCGACUUCAACGAGCACUACAGAGCCCGAGAGCCGAGGCUGCGAGUGUCUUUAGGAGCCACUAGAGGGCGACGCCUGUCCAACAUUUAACACUGAAAGCUUGUAUCCCGUCAAGGACUACAAUUCAAUUCAAUUUCAAUUCAUCUUUAUUUCGGACUCGUGGUCCAUUCAAAAAACAGACAGACAGUAACAAUACAAAACAAUAAACAUCUAUGUUUUAAAAAGACAACCAUACCAAUGUCUCCACAUUCUGGAUUGGUAGCGAAUUGCACUGCAUCUUAUGCUUGUGAGUGACAGUAGAAUUUCAUUUUCUGACUUGUUCAGUCUGCAGAUAAACCUGUACAUUAAAGUUCUCAGUACAGCUUGCAAUGUAUUCACACGUGCGGUGACAAACAAUUCAGUCGCACUGGUCCAUCGUGGCCUCCUCAAGAGCACCCGCAACGCGUCAUUAUAAGCCACCUGCAGCCUCUGUAGACUGGCUUUUUUGUACUGAGUCCAGAGGUGAGCAGUGUAUAGUGGUGUGCAAUAUGAUUUGUUGUGCAUACAACAUCCUGCAUUGUCUAUAAAUAUCAUCAUCAUCUGCCAUGUCCGCAGUGAUGAUGUGCCCAAGAUAUUUAAUUUUAGCUGUAACAUUCAAUACAACAUUAGACAGGCAAAAAUCAGGAUACCGCAUGUGUUUAUCCUCUUUAGUCCUGCAAAUCAUGAUCAUGCUCUUAGUUGCGUUAUACUUGAUGUCAUACUCCACACCAUAAGCUGAACAGAUGUUGAGUAGCUGCUGUAACCCAGCGGUGCUCGGACUAAACACAACCAAGUCGUCUGCAUACAUUAAAUGAUUGAGGACAAAAUUCCCAGCCACACAUCUAGUUUUACAUCUUUUGAGCUUUGUAGACAGUUCAUCUAAAUACAAGUUGAACAGAACUGGGGACAAGAUUCCUCCUUGUCUAACCCCAUUGGUGACUCUAAAUGGGGCAGAAACCCUGUUUCCCCACUACUACAAAUAUGACCGACAUUCAAAACUACCAAUCACAGUUCAACAAGGACUACAAAAUCUUCAGUCCAACAUAUAAAUAACCAACCACAUGAAAGAGCUAUUUGAAAUGGUUCAGGAGGACUACAAAAAUGGCUGACCAACUAAUCUCAAUCAGCGAUUCAACAAGGACUACAAACAUGGCUGCCAAUAGGUUUGAUUACUUUAAAUUUAAACCCAGUUUCACUCCAAAAGUUCCCAAAUUUUUCUUAAAACCUUCCCAAACUGAAUACUUGUGAUCAAAAUUUGCUAUUAUAUUUUAAAUUUUUUGGACAUUUUGGCAAAAGUUUAAAGAAAACAUGACUUUUUUUUUUUUUUUUUAUGGAAUUUGGUUGAAAAAUGUUAAGGAUUUUCGGUCUAAAACUGUUGUCCCAAUCCUAUAAGCCCCCGUUUACUGUAAUAUGUAAUAAAGAUGUAAUAGCGAAAAGUGAAGAUUUGGGUUUAAUGUUGAACAAAGUUAGUAUUUGAAAGAAUUGAAAAGAACUCUAAAAUACUGGGCAGAUUUUUUGCUUUUUAAGAUUAAAGUUGAAUGGAAGUCGAUGGCAAUGAAUACAUUUAAAUCAACUGCUUUAGUCAUUGUAACUUUUCUUGGUCCUACACCUACUUGUUGCCAUGGAGAUAUUUUUGCUUUGCCUGGAAUGUUCUGCACUAUGACAUUAAAGAGGGGGUAUUUUACUUAUUUUAUUAAAAUUCUAACCUAUUUAGAUUACAAUGUUACCUUUUAUUUUUCUGAAAAUGCCCUCCCCUCUCUUUUUCUCUAUACCCUAAGUCACUCUCCCUUCAGAGUGCUAUCAUAACAAUCAGCGUUCAUGACAAUAAUGAAACUACAGUGUUCCCUCGUUUAUUGCGGGGUUGCAUUCCAAAAAUAACCCGCAAUAGGUGAAAUCCGUGACGUUGAAGGCUUUAUUUUUUACAAUUAUAUAUAUUUUAAGGCUAUAAAACCCCUCACUACACACUUCAUACACUUUUCUCAAACAGGGAUUAACAUUUUCUCGCAUUUCUCUCUUGUAUAAACACUCUCAAAGUUCAAACCUUCGUAGAUUUAAAAAAAU